AUGGCUGGACACCAGAAGGAGAAGGCCAUCGCAGAUGAGGUCCACCAGAACCAGAUCCUGCGGGAAUUGUACCUCAAAGAGUUACGAACCCAGAAACUCCACACGCAGUAUCAUGUGAAUCCACUCCGCAAGGUUCACACAAUCGCCAGAAAGCCCAUGUCUUGGCAUGAUAACCUGGAGGAACCUGCAGAUGCCAGGUUCCUAAAUCUUAUCCACCAUGCUGCCCAGGGACCAAGGAGGAAAUACCCCGAGGCACAGACUGAAAGUCAAGAGAUUGGAUGGGACUCAGACCCAUUGGUCAACCCACAACGCGAUGACCGCAGGUUGAACCACUUCAGGGUCUACAAAGACAUCACUCUAUACAAGGCUAAAAUGUGGAGCUUGGGAGAAGAUGGUCACCACAAGUAG